AUGGCCCGUCUGCGCAGUGCGCCCACCUCACAACAGCCCGCGACAACAGCAUCACAGCCGAAGCGACCAGCGCUGAAAGAGAAGACCAACACCACGCGCGCCAAAGCGACCGUAUACGACGAUGAUGGUGAAACGGAUGGGCUCGUGAAAGAUGCGCGACCGCGACGAGGGCGGCCGAAGAAGGUGGUGCAGCAGGAGGAUGAGUUCAUCAUGGCGGGAGGACUUGGCCAGGCUGGCUCUGAGGAUAAGACCAUGGAGCGCAGCGCGCCGGCACCGACCACGAAUGAACUUGUGAAGAGCGAUGCGCCGAUCGCCGUCAGAGGCACUAGGAGACCUGCGGCGCGCGCGACGAAGAAGACAGCGGAGGGUGAGGCAGAUGGCGGUGUCAUGAAUGGAGUGAAGGGGAAGAUGCAGGCCACGUCGCGGACUCAAGUUGCUCGUACACGGAAGCAGGACGGUAUUGGGCAAGCUGAAGAGACCGCAUUCGAAGUUCUACCCACCAAGUCGCCGCCGGUGCAAGAGCGCUCAGAGUUCUCCAUCUCGCCAUCUCCUCCACCACCAGGCAAGCUGAGCUCCGUCAGCAGGCAGCGAACUUCACUCGCUCAGCCCGGCUCUGCGCUUCGCUCACACGAGACUCCUGCCGUCGAGACCAGCAUUCUAGCGCUCAAGAACUUCAAGCGAAGACCGAGACAGCCUAGUAUGCUGCAAAUGGUCCAGCAGCGAACUGCCAGUGCGCGGCCAUCUGGUGUCGGCGCUCGCGUGGAUGAUGACCCGGACGUCUAUGAUCUUGUAAACGACGAAGACGAGCUAGAGGAUUUCGAGCCGGAAGCCGAAGGCACGCCACUGCAUGUAACCAAGAAGGGCCAGCAAGGCAAGGCGGCUUCCAAGAGGGUCUCGAACGCACGACAGGAACCACACUCUGCAGCAAAGCCGUCGCCAGUUGCCAACACAAGAAAGCGGAAGUCAGGAGAUGUAGACACAUCUUCCUCCGCAUUAGAACCAUUGAGAGCAAAACGCCGGAAGUCUAGCCCAGCACACCGCGACGAGGAGCCUCAAGCCGACGUCCGACGUAGCGUCUCUGUCCAGCAGACGUCCCCAGCUCGACUGGGAUCAAGUCCGCCGAAAGUCACAGCAGACGUGCAAGUCAUCCACUCAUCAGUGUCUUCUACACCGCCCACUGAACCAUCAUCACCGGCCCAAGAGCAGCCGGAUAUGGAUGAGGAUGCUGUGAUCCCAUCUACAGAGAAGGAACGAGAAGGCCAGCAGUACGCUCUUCGUGGGAAUGUCGAUGACGCGCCGGAGAUAGACGCCGACGGCACAAUGGCAGAGCCUGCAAGUAGCAGCCCACCGGCCGAAGAGCCUCCUACCGCUACACAGCGGACGGACAUCAUGGCCGACCCUCUCACGCAAAUGACACCUCUCAGACCACAACGAGACAAACCGAAGAAGAACAAGAAGACAGGUCCAGUGACCACUGCAUCUCUUCAGAAUCUCAUGCCGAAGCGAAGGCAACCGCCGAAGCCUCGACCUCGCAAGUCAGAGUGUGACAUAGAUUCGGAGUCCGAGAACGACGAUCCGCUCGACACGAGCCUACUUGAGGGCGACGAGGACGAGUUGGGUGGGAAGCUGCGGCGGAAGACGAAGUCAAAGCCUUCCGCCAAAGGCAAGAAAGGCAAGGCAGCCGCCGCUCAAAGUAAGCCUCGCCAAUCGAAGGCCAACGCGCAGACUGCACGCAAGUCCUCCGCGGCUCUACCUCCACGCAAAGCGACUGCCACGAAGAAGCCUGCGAAGACUUACGGGCGGGCGGCGGCGGCUUCAGACAAGGAGAACAACUACGAUGGAGAGAGCGCAGAUGGCAAUGAUGACUCCGUGCUGCCGGACAAUUCGAUGAGCAUGUACGAAGCGGCGCGGAGUAGGGAGCUGGAAGCGGCGAAGAAGAAGUUCGCAAAGGUGGAUGAGUGGGACAUGGAGUUCGAGAGCAUGAGUUUCGAGGAGCAUCGGAGUUCCAGUCAGGGGUGGCGGUGA